CGACGGCCACACUAGCACGCUUACCAUUGACGACUCGAUACUAUCGAAACUAAAUAGGCAAAAAAAAACGCGAAUUAAUUGGAGAUAGCAUUGCUUGUUUUGCCAAGGCCAAACAGGAUAAAUCCAGACGAGAUGGAGGUGGACGAGGAGGAAUUCGAGGUGCCUUCCAGCAGCAGCAAGGGCGAAAAGAAGCGUUUCGAGGUGAAAAAGUGGAAUGCCGUAGCACUAUGGGCCUGGGACAUCGUGGUGGACAAUUGCGCCAUUUGCCGUAACCACAUCAUGGAUCUGUGCAUCGAGUGUCAAGCAAAUCAAGCAUCCGCCACCAGCGAGGAGUGCACCGUGGCCUGGGGCGUCUGCAACCACGCCUUCCACUUCCACUGCAUUUCCCGCUGGCUGAAAACCCGCCAGGUCUGUCCGCUGGACAACCGCGAAUGGGACUUCCAGAAGUACGGCCACUAAAAUCAGAUGGAGCAGCACUGAAGAUCCCUUCGAUCACCAGAACCCCCCAAAAUAACACCCGGCUUCAUCCGAACAUUCAAACCUAUGUAAUACCUUCCUAGAUUUAACCGAAUGUGGGGAAAUCUGUGAGAAUAGGCAGCCUCCAAGAAUGGAGUUCUCAAUGCCCAUGCUUUCCUCGACAAACAAAACUUUUUGUAACGCUAAAAAUAAAAGCUGUAGAAGAUGGAGAAAACAA